GUAUACAUCAUUUCAUGACUCAUGUCUUUUCUUACUUUUCUUCCGAAACAAAGAUUUCAUUUUGUCACAGGAAUGCUGCUGUAAGACUUUGUUUCAUCACCCCUUGUAUUGCUUUAGCUUUAGAUCCAUAGAUUCUUAUUACGAUCCAACUUAAAUUAACUAGCAUUUCAAUUGCGGGCCUCCUGUUUUCUACUUUAUACCUCUGAAUCUGAUCCCCACAUGUCUCAUCGACUCCAAUUGUAUGAUUUCAUCUGAUGGAAGGACAUAUGUUUGCAGGAGUAGAAUUGUGGAUAGGUUGUUUGUAUUUUUCUUCUUUUUUGUAUGGCUGGCGUACAUAAUUGUAGAUCCAUACAUGGUUACUUGUUUUUGAAGAUGUCAACUUCUCCAAAUCUUUUAAUCGUGCUUAAUGUGUUGCAGACAUCAAUCUGAGCCCAAUGACAUUGGCAAAGAACUAGAACUUCUGUUGUUGGUUUAACAGUUGUACAAAGUGUGUUACAACGAUGAAAGGAGGAGGGGGAGGCUACUUCUAUGAACGGAGAACGAAGCAGCUGUCUCUCUUCUUCAUCGGUGUUGUUCUUACGACCAUUGUUGUUUGGUAUUGGGAGAAAACCCCCCUUCUCACAACCUUACUUCCAUCUCACGGUCAAGUGUUGCAGCUUUUUCCAGCUGGAGAAGUAAAAGUAAAGCAAGUAGACGAUUUAACAGAAGCUGAUGGAGUUGUGAAUUUAGUAUCUCCACCAAGCUCCAGAAACAAACCCCCUUUGGACAUUCGAGGGAAUGGAGUUGUGGAUUCAGUAUCGCCAUUAAGUUCCAUAAAUACACCCUCUUCGGAUAUUCGAGGGGAUAAAUAUUCAAUGACUGCUCAGGAAAAGCACCAUGAAAAUACUACGAGCAGGGUUGGAAAACCUGUUUCGGGUGAAGUAUCUGAAAGACACAAUGACUCAAAACCACCAAAACAGCAGUUAGUAGAACCAAUGACUCCUAAGAAACUAGAUUCAGCUUCGGGAAGAGAAGCUGAUGGCGUGCCGAUGACAAAUGUGGAAAAGCAAGAAAAUACAACAAAUUUUGUUGAAAAUUCUGUUUCUGAAAGAUACAGCGACUCAAAGCCACCACAACAGCAGUUAGUUGAACCAAUGGCUCCUAAGACACAAGAUUCUGCUGUGGAAAGAAAAGGCGUUGGUGUGCCGGUGUCAAAUGUGGAAAAGCAAGCCUGCAACUUUGGUAAAGGGAGAUGGGUCACUGAUGAGAAUCGGCCUCUGUAUUCGGGUUUUGGUUGUAAACAGUGGUUGUCAGGGAUGUGGGCAUGCCGUUUGACACAGCGAACAGAUUUUGCCUAUGAGAAGCUAAAAUGGCAGCCAAAAGAUUGUGAAAUGGAUGAUUUUACAGGGGUUAAAUUCCUUAAAAGAAUGCAGGACAAAACAGUGGCUUUUGUGGGGGAUUCGUUGGGGCGGCAGCAGUUCCAAUCUCUAAUGUGCAUGCUGACAGGUGGGGAGGAGAGGCAUGAUGUUGAAGAUGUUGGUAAGAAAUAUGGUUUGGUGAAAGCUCGUGGAUCAGUUCGGCCGGAUGGUUGGGCUUACCGUUUCCAGAAGACUAACACUACAAUUCUCUAUUAUUGGUCAGCCAGCCUGUGUGACUUGGAGCCACUAGACCCCACCAACCAUACCACCUAUUAUGCAAUGCACCUGGAUCGACCACCGGCUUUUCUGAAACGUUUCUUGAGCAGAUUCCAUGUGCUUGUUCUGAAUACAGGGCAUCACUGGAACAGAGGGAAGAUUAAUGGGAACCGAUGGGUGAUGUAUGUGGGUGGGAAGCGUAACACGAAUAGGAGGAUUGCAGAAAUAGGAGGUGCUAAAAACUUUACAAUAUACAGCAUUGUAAAUUGGGUGAAUGGUGAAUUAAAGAAGCAGGGGGGUUUGAAGGCAUUUUACAGGUCAAUUUCACCCAGGCAUUUCUUCAAUGGAGAUUGGAAUAGUGGAGGUACAUGUGAUAGCACCACCCCUGGAUCAGUGGAAGUUGAACAAGACGAGUCUAGUGAUUCAAUUGCAUCAGGGGCAGUGAAGGGAACAGAUGUGAAGCUGUUGGAUAUAACAGGACUUUCUGAGGUAAGAGAAGAAGGUCAUAUAUCAAGAUACAGUAUCAGAGGGACGCAAGGGAUGCAAGAUUGUUUGCAUUGGUGCUUACCAGGCAUUCCAGACACAUGGAAUGAACUUCUUUUUGCACAAAUCUGAAGAAAUCUUAUGCAUAAAUUAAUUAAGGAAAUGGGAUGUGGGGGUUUGUAGUUUUGUAAACAAAAUAUAUACAUUAUUUACUGAAUGAUGAGUGAUAUACACACAAAUGUGUAACAGUUGCUAUGUAUAAGUUUGGUUUACCAACCAUAUAUUAGCUA